AUGGUGCGCACAAAGCAAAUUGCCCCGGGUACGAAAAGGCCACCUACAGCAGUUAAGCGGCAGGUUGUCCCUCUCAGCAGGAGGUUGGACACGAAGAGAAAGUUCCACAGUGGCGAUAAACGGGAAUCUGGUACAAUAAUAGUGAAGAAAAGAGCCAAGCCUGGAGUGAAAGCGCUCCGAGAGAUCCGUCACCUGCAGCGAACAACUGAAAUGCUCAUCCCACGUCUCUCUUUCCAGAGAGUUGUACGGGACAUAGCUAACAAAAUUUGUUUGAAACGUAAUCUCGAUGAUGUAAGAUGGCAAUCAAACGCGCUGUUGGCGUUACAAGAGGCAGCCGAAGUAUAUCUAACGUGCAUGUUUGAGGAUACCAAUCUCGUAGCUAUUCAUGCUCGUCGCGUUACCAUAAUGCCUAAGGAUAUCCAUCUUGUCCGGAGGCUGCGUGGCGAGCAUGUUACUAUGAGAGCCAGUUGUUGA